CUCUUUCUCCCGCCCACGCCACCUGCCCUUGAGUCUUAGGCGCCUUUAGAAUAGCAGACCGGCUGGAAUCUUCUCCUCCUUCACAGACUACAGGCACAGCCCCCUCUCUCUUUCUUUUUUUUUUCUUUCAUUCUCCAGCCUUUUUUUUCCACCUCAGUCCUCUCUACGUGCCUGCGGUGCUUUAUCUUUCUCUGCUGGACUGAGCCGGGAUGGGGUGGGAGGUGCCAGUACCGGCUGUGUGUGGCACAUGAACGUGCUCGGCUGUGCUGUAAGGUGGGCCGUCCCGGGACAGGGAUGCUGAACGGGGGGCGUGAGGGCCUGUUCGAGCUGGGCAGGCAGUUCCAGCAGGAGGGAGACUCGCAGGCCGCUCUGCACUGCUUCCUCAGCUGCCUGCUUGGACUGACCCAUGUUCAGAGCUUCAACUCGCUGCCCAACUGCCUGCAUCAGAUUGCAGAACUGUUCAUUGAUGAGAAGAAUUAUGAGAAGGCACUGAAGUUCAUUCAAGCGGAGAAGAUGUUCUAUGAAGUGGCAUUGAUCGAGCUCACUGCUCUGCAGGGAAGCACAGCAGGCUCUCUGGAGGAUGGUUCACUAGGCUCUCCAGGAUGGCUCUCUCAGGAGGAGUUAUCAGAGCAGGCCUCGCAGGCCCAGGAUCUUGAAAGACUGGCCCAGCUUUGCAUCAUGAGCAAAAGACCCCAUCUGGCUUUAGAGUACAGCGGCAAGGCCACAAAAAUACACCAGCGGGCAUUCGGUAAUGAUCACCCAAUCACAGCCAGGAGUCUGGAGCUUCUGGCCACUGUCUAUGCUGAGAUUGGCAAGACAGAAUAUUCAGACUCGUUGGGUCAGUGUGUGUCAGCUCUGUCAAAGAGGUUCUCUGCCGCCGAGUCGUACAGCAACACACUCAACGGUUUCACUCACAGCCAUAAGGACAGACACACAGAGCUCCGGCACAGGAAAGAACCACAUCCAUCAACAGACACUCCAAAACCAAAGGUCAUCAAUGGUAAGAUUCCCACAUCCAUCCUGAAAAGGACCAAUGUAGGUGGCAGUGAGUCAGAUCCGACCCACCGGCGAAAAACAGAGAGACGGGUUCGUUUUAGAGAGCCAGAGAUCAUUGUACACGAUAUUCCAUACUAUGACUGUUUAGGAGCCUAUGACUCCUCCCAGAGCCGGCCAUAUCUAGCCCUGCUGACCUGCCUGUUCCUGCUGCUUUCUGCACUGGGCUUUGCCCUGUACUGCACUGACCGCCGGCGGCCACACCGUGCCUGUGAGGAACUGCAGGCAGCGCUGGCCGUCUACCUGCUGCAGCUCAAGCAAAUCCUGUGGGGCUGCUGGAUCUGGCUCACCAUGCAGUGACUGCACCUGGACUGACAGGGCAACACCAUUCUCCACCCAUGCUCUGUGGAAGGAGUGCCAGAUGAUGGAGAGUGGGUGACUGAAGAGCCAAGAGCUACAUGGACAUGGGAGAACGUGAUGCCUCCUUGGCUUUGGGUGAUUAGGUAAGCACUCGGAAGGACAGGCUAAAUUCAAUCAGCCUCAAAUGAGAUGGUUGCCCUGGAACUUCCCAAAAAGACAGUCAUCCAGCUUUGUGGCCUGCUGUGAGCAGAUGAAGACCGUGAACCUUUUGCACACCAUACAGAUAUGGUGUCUUUAUGCCCUUUACAAUGGCUGUUAAUGCCAUACCUUCAUUUUUACUAAGAGGCAUAUAGCUGUCCAUUUGUUCCAGUAGCACUUAUCAUUAGAGCACAUUUCAUGUUUUACUGAUGUUUGUUGCCUCUUAUCCAAAGAAUACUUGGAAAUACUACAUCAAAGGCUAUGUUCACAUUACAAUCAGAAAUAAUGUUUUUUUGCAUAGAUUCGAUUUGGAUAUCUUGAUGGUUCUUGUAUAACAGGCAGAUACAAGUUACUGUUAUUGACCUGUCUUUGUCUGUAAUGUGAACAAAUCUGUCCCUAAAACAGCAUACAAUCACAAAGACAUUGAUAACAAGGAGACUGGACACUGUUUGGAAUAUGAUUGGGAGUGGAUAGAGUCCCACCCUUAAAAAAAAUAGAGGGGUCCAACAAAAAUCCCCCUAUCAUUGUAGAGGUUUGUGCAAGCAUUCAAGUCAGAGCAAAACGAAAAAAUAUGUUUUUUGUGCAUUUUUGCACCAAACACUACGUUGAUCAGUAAUUUACAUUAUGUUUGGGAAACCCUCAAAACCGAAGGUCACAUUUCUGUUUCAAAUGUAUAGUGUUUGGAGUCUGGUCUUGUAAAUAACUACCUUGUAGAAUUUAAAAUAUGGUACAGGUUACUCAAACCUGAUCUAAGAAACAUUAGUCAUACAUCCACACAGCCAUGAAAAAGUUUGAGUUACUUGGCUGGUCAUGUGAACAUAGCCAGAAUAUAAUGUGCAGUAUCUACAGUAUCUAAGUAUUCUUUGGAUUGAAAUCAAUGCAUCAUGUUGAAUUUCACAACCCUGUUAUGCAUCUCCUGCAUAUAUCAGUUAUUUAAUCACCUUUGCUAGUUUGACCAUUUUACUAUACAGUCUGUGAUUGUCUAUGUGCAAUGCAAACCAUUACUAUUUAUUUUACUGUUAAUCAAAUAUGCUUUUAAUACUGAAAUAUGCUUUGAAUCCUGCAUAAUUCCACAUGUAAAUAGAAACUAUUAAUGACUGUCACCUAACUAAGCCAUGUUUAUGUGCAUUAUAUAUUUGAAUGUACUUGCAACCAUGAAAAUGAAAUGAAAUGGCACAAUAGCUACACUCACUAUUUCAAAUGAAGGACUAUGACGCAAAGGUAAGCACAAAUGUUUCCACCUUCUGCAUUCACUUGAAAAAGAAACAAAAGGAAAAAAAAGCUGUUUCAUAAUGAAGUUGGCCAUAUUUUAUGUAAUGCAAUGCCUGACUUAUAUAAGAAAAGGGCAAAGCCAUUUUUAGUUUAAGAAAAUUCUGAGCAAAAGAAAAUGAUUUCUUCUAUAUUUACGUGAGUUGAGCUCAUUUUGCAAGAACCAGCUGUACCAACUUGGCAUUAGUAUAAUACAUUUAUUUAUUUCAAUAUUUUAUAUGUUUUUUUCUAGCUAUCCAUUUUCUAGAAUUAAUAUAAUUUAGAUUUAGAUUUUUUUUACUGCUCUGAUCUCUAAUUAUCAGCAUCUAUGGUGAGCGGAUUUCAAUACAUACAUUAGUUUUGUUGUUUUGGAGAGGACAUUUGUUUCAAGCCAAAUACAUUUUCUUCACUUACACAGAACAGUAACAUAUGUAAGAAGUGUUUAGAUAGGUUGGGCAUAUGUGGGAUGUGCUGGAUGAACAAGUCAAAAGUCAAAAGCCACACCUUACAAUUUACAAAAAUGUAAAAUUUGAAGCCAACUCCCUGGUGACACAAUAUAUUAUAUGGACAUAUAUUCACCCCUUAAAGGGGGUUUAAUGCUGCAUUAUGAACAGUAUUCUCAAUACAUAAUUGGCAUAAUAUGGUUCUAAAAUAUCACCUACAAAAAAAAGUAUUAUUAAUUAUCAUAACCAGCCUUGUGCUAUAUUCCACAAGACACCUUCAGAGGCCUUGUGGAUUCCAUGCCUCGUGGGUCAACAUUGUUUUUGUGGCCCAAGAGAAACCCAUAAAAUAUGAGACAGGUGGUUUUAAUGCUAUGGCUGAUCAGUGUAUGUGUAAUCUACUUUAGCAAGGAAAUCCAUAUGUGAAAUAAAUAAUAAUGCUUAGAGGACAUCUAUAUGUUAACUGAAUGCUACUCAAACUAACAUUGUUAAUGAUGCAUGAAAGUUGGUGCCAACAAGCUAAUUGGUCCUUACAUUAAUCAUGACUUAAAAUGGUCUUUAUAAGGUCCUGUAUCCAUGGGAUGCAUGGAGGAUGUUAUAUAAACGGAGACACAAAAUUAUCCUGUUAUAUGCAGCAAAAUAAAGCACUGUGAGAUAUCCGGGUGAACAUACAUGUCUCUUAUGGUCACAAUAAAUGUCUGUACAUGGAGAACAAAUGUAUAUAAUAUAUAUAAACAACACAAUUGCUCAUUGCAUAGCACAACUUAAUGCAAUGCUUGCUGUACAUUGUGAACUGUUUUAGUGAAGAAAUUAAGAAACAUCAAAUGGUUUGUACUUGAAUUUCCAAAGCAAUAUGAAGCAGUACCUAUUCAAAUCAGCAGUCUCACACUGAUGGUUUCUCAUCAUACAAACCUAAAAAGCAAUAAAUCCUCUUCAGAUAUAGCACAUAUACAUAACAUUCUGGGUUUGGUUUUACUUCAGCUUGUUUUGUUUCUCAUCAAAUAUACUAUAUGUGGACACUUUCAAUAGAAGUGCCUUCUUUAAGGUUCUCUCCUUUCUUUGACAGUUUAUAUUCCGUUGUAAUAAAUCAUCAAUAAAAUCACUGCAAACCAGAGACAUAAAGUGUGUUGGCAUUUGUUUUACUUCUAUUAGACAACCUGGCAAGUAAAAGCAACCCUCCAGCACUUCACUUUCAUUACUUUAGAGCAACACUGCUUCAAUUUACUACAAUUCAAAUUUUUGUUUGCCCUUUACAGGGUCAAUUUCACUCAUAUAAUUCUCUGUCAGGAGCUAGGGGUAGAGCCCUAUGAAAUUGUAUGUUUUCAGUUUUUUGUUUUUUUCUGUCAUACUUUAUUUUAUAUUUUUUACAGUUUUUAACAAUGUUUUAACACAUAAAAAUACAUUUAGGGCACUAUAAAUAAAAGAGCAAUUUGUAACUUAAAUUCUCAGAUUACAGUAAAUCUCUGUUUAAAGGCUGAUGUAGCCCUAACACUCCCCCCUCCCCUCCAGCCUAACAAGAAUCAGACCACCCUACCCCUUUGUGUGCACACGCAAGUGUGAAUAGGCUGUACAGGUACCACAAACAUCAGCAAGGUCCAGCAAACUUAAAUAUGUAAACAAACAAGCAAGCCAGAUUUAAGUGCAUCACCACAGCAGGCAUGAAAACGUUCAUGGACCAUUUCUACUGUAGUUAACUUACCGUUGAUGAUCUGAAGCCCUUACAAUCAACACAAGGUUUGACAAAGAAAUUGCUAGACAGAGCUAACAAGACAAUAAGGAGAGCUUUGGAAGAGGUCAACAGUUGACUUUAAGCCGAAGAAAUCUAAGCUGUUUUGUUUACUGUAUCAAAACAAAUGUUACAUUAUUAACCAUGCUAACUAACUAACAACAAGUUCUACCAAUCCCAUAACAUUAGAGUAAGACUAAACUGACAUUAAAAACUCAACAUCAACAUAAUAUAGCUACCACACAAACAAGCAAACUUCACCACAUGAGAACCACGCUUAUUGAAAUUGAAAUAAAUCAAUUUCUAUGUAACUUUUUUGGUGGUAAUGGAUUUUAAAUGACAAACA